AACCGCUGCGCUUUCGUCCGUCCGUCACCAGCACCCCACUCCACUCCACAUCACACGGGUGAGGCACACAGCUCGCUCCGCCCGUUCCUGAGCGCAGCCUGGCACCGGCGAGCAGGCCAAGCAAAAUCGCAAACCCCGAUCCGCUUUUGCUGCCCGCCUAGUUAAACCCCGCCCCGGGAACCGCGCACCGCCGCACCACCGCACGAGGACAGCACAGACCCAGUCCUUCCCGGCACCGACCUGGGCGAUCCACUCCACCGGCCGCGUCUCCGUCUCCGUCUGCCCCUCCUACUCGCGGGCCACCCCCAUGGCGACGCCGGGCGUCGGCGCCGCGUGCCUCGCGCCCUCCGCCGCGACGGCCCCGCGCCGCCGCGCCGAUCCGGCCAGGGCCAGGGCCUGCCACGCCCGCCCGCGCCUCCUCCAGCUCGUGCGCAGGCGCUGCGUCGCCGAGCUCAGCAGGGAGGGCCCCGCGUCGCGCCCGCUGCAUUCCCCGGCCCAGCAGCUGGCUCCGCCGCUCGUGCCCGGCCUCCUCGCGCCGCCCGCCCCGACGCCCACGACCGUGCCGGACGCCGGCGUGGGGGACCUCGAACCCGAGCUCCAGCUCGAAGGGAUCGACGAGGACUCCGUCGACAGAACAGUUGUUGUUGUAAGUGAGCAGGAUUCUGAGAUCAUGGAUGCAAAGGAGCAAACCCCAGCUAAAGUUACACGCAGCAUCGUGUUCGUAACUGGCGAAGCUGCUCCUUAUGCAAAGUCAGGGGGGCUAGGAGAUGUUUGUGGUUCACUGCCAAUCGCCCUUGCUGCUCGUGGUCACCGUGUGAUGGUUGUAAUGCCAAGAUACUUGAAUGGGUCCUCCGAUAAAAAUUACGCAAAGGCGUUUUACACUGGGAAGCACAUUAAGAUUCCAUGCUUUGGCGGAUCACAUGAAGUUACAUUUUUCCAUGAGUAUAGAGACUCCGUUGAUUGGGUGUUUGUUGAUCAUCCAUCAUAUCAUAGACCAGGAAGUUUGUAUGGAGAUAAUUUUGGUGCUUUCGGUGAUAAUCAGUUCAGAUACACACUCCUUUGCUAUGCUGCAUGUGAGGCCCCACUCAUCCUUGAAUUGGGAGGAUAUAUCUAUGGACAGAGUUGCAUGUUUGUUGUGAACGAUUGGCAUGCCAGCCUUGUGCCAGUCCUUCUUGCUGCAAAAUAUAGACCGUAUGGUGUUUACAGAGAUUCCCGCAGCACGCUUGUCAUACAUAAUUUAGCACAUCAGGGUGUGGAGCCUGCAAGUACAUAUCCUGAUCUUGGGUUGCCACCUGAAUGGUAUGGAGCUUUAGAAUGGGUAUUUCCAGAAUGGGCAAGGAGGCAUGCCCUUGACAAGGGUGAGGCGGUAAACUUUUUGAAAGGUGCAGUUGUGACAGCAGAUCGAAUUGUGACUGUCAGUCAGGGUUAUUCAUGGGAGGUCACUACUGCUGAAGGUGGACAGGGCCUCAAUGAGCUCUUAAGUUCCCGGAAAAGUGUAUUGAAUGGAAUUGUCAAUGGAAUUGACAUUAAUGACUGGAAUCCCACCACAGACAAGUGUCUCCCUUAUCAUUAUACUGUUGAUGAUCUCUCUGGAAAGGCCAAAUGUAAAGCUGAAUUGCAGAAGGAGCUGGGUUUGCCUGUAAGGGCUGAUGUUCCUCUGAUUGGCUUUAUUGGAAGAUUGGACUACCAGAAAGGCAUUGAUCUCAUUAAAAUGGCCAUUCCAGAUCUCAUGAGGGAAGACGUCCAGUUCGUCAUGCUUGGAUCUGGGGAUCCAGCUUUCGAAGGCUGGAUGAGAUCCACCGAGUCAAGCUACAAGGACAAAUUCCGUGGAUGGGUUGGAUUUAGUGUUCCAGUUUCUCACAGAAUAACUGCAGGUUGCGAUAUCCUGUUAAUGCCGUCCAGAUUCGAACCUUGCGGUCUCAAUCAGCUAUAUGCGAUGCAAUAUGGUACAGUUCCUGUCGUUCAUGGAACUGGGGGCCUCCGAGAUACUGUCGAGACGUUUAACCCUUUUGGUGAAAAAGGAGAGGAGGGUACAGGGUGGGCAUUCUCACCAUUAACAGUGGAAAAAAUGUUGUGGGCAUUGCGAACUGCAAUGACAACAUACAGGGAGCACAAGCCCUCUUGGGAGGGGCUGAUGAAGCGUGGCAUGUCGAAAGACCAUACAUGGGACCAUGCCGCCGAACAGUACGAGCAGAUCUUUGAGUGGGCCUUCGUGGAUCAACCCUAUGUGAUGUAAACGCGAUUCGGAGUCCGAAGUGGUUCUCUCUUUGAACUCUGAAGACAUGAUCCCUAUUCUUCCGCGGCGUGGAAACUGGAAAGAUACCCUGUACAUUACAUGGGAUGCGGUCAUGUGACAGUAGAAAGACGCAAACGGCCAUUCAGGUUAGCCCUCUGCCUGCUGCUUGGCCGGUUCGCAGUAAACGAGUUGUCUGUGGGUGACUGCUUCGGGUGAAUGACAGCUAUGGUUCUGAAGAAUAAGAGGAUGCUGCUGGGAGAUGUUGGUGUUGCACUUGACUUCACAUGGUUGGCACCAUGCGGGCAGCCUCUCAGUGUUGCAGCCAAAAUCAGAAAUUAACUGGUCGCUCUUUAGUUUUAGUUAACUUUGUUGCCUCUGUAUGUUGUCCCUAGCUGAUAAAUUUUGAUUUGAUUGGAGAA